AUGGCGGCCCCAGAGCCGGCGCCAAGGCGGGGCCGGGAGCGCGAGCGGGAGCGGGAGCGAGAGGACGAGAGCGAGGACGAGAGCGAUAUCCUGGAGGAAAGUCCGUGCGGCCGCUGGCAGAAGCGGAGGGAGCAGGUGAACCAGGGAAACAUGCCCGGGAUCCAGAGCACGUUCCUAGCCAUGGACACGGAGGAGGGGGUGGAGGUGGUGUGGAAUGAGCUUCACUUCAGCGACAGGAAGGCGUUCUCUGCGCACGAGGAGAAGAUCCAAACCAUGUUUGAGCAGCUGGCGCUCGUAGACCAUCCCAACAUCGUCAAGCUGCACAAGUACUGGCUGGACGCCUCCGAGACCAGUGCUCGGGUCAUCUUCAUAACAGAGUACGUGUCGUCCGGCAGCCUCAAGCAGUUCCUCAAAAAGACCAAGAAGAAUCACAAGGCCAUGAACGCCAGGGCCUGGAAGCGCUGGUGCACGCAGAUCCUGUCUGCUCUCAGCUUCCUGCAUGCCUGUAGCCCCCCCAUCAUCCAUGGGAACCUCACCAGUGACACCAUCUUCAUCCAGCACAACGGCCUCAUCAAGAUCGGCUCGGUGUGGCAUCGCAUCUUCUCCAAUGCGCUCCCAGAUGAUCUCCGCAGCCCUAUCCUGGCUGAGCGUGAAGAGCUACGGAACCUUCACUUCUUCCCGCCGGAGUACGGCGAGGUUGCUGAUGGCACAGCUGUGGACAUCUUCUCCUUUGGGAUGUGCGCGCUGGAGAUGGCAGUUCUGGAGAUCCAGGCCAACGGAGACACCCGGGUCACGGAGGAGGCCAUCGCCCGCGCCAGGCACUCCCUGAGCGACCCCAAUAUGCGGGAGUUCAUCCUUUCUUGUCUGGCCCGGGACCCUGCCCAACGACCCUCUGCCCACAACCUGCUCUUCCACCGGGUCCUCUUCGAGGUGCACUCGUUGAAGCUCCUGGCAGCCCACUGCUUCAUCCAGCACCAGUACCUCACACCUGAGAACACAGUGCAAGAGAAGACCAAGGCCCUGGACCUGCAUGCAGUCAUGGCUGAGCUCCCGCGGCUCCGACAGCCCCCGGUGCAGUGGCGGUACUCAGAGGUGUCUUUCCUGGAGCUGGACAAAUUCUUGGAGGACGUGAGGAAUGGCAUUUACCCUUUGAUGAACUUUGCCACUACUCGGCCCCUUGGGCUGCCACGGGCACUUGCCCCGCCCCCGGAGGAGGCACAGAAGGUCAAGACCCCUACACCUGAGCCCUUUGACUCAGAGACCAGGAAGGUCAUCCAAAUGCAGUGUAACAUGGAGAGAAGUGAAGACAAAGCAAAGUGGCAUCUCACCUUGCUUCUUGUGAUGGAGGACCGUCUGCAUCGCCAGCUCACCUAUGACCUGCUCCCAACCGACAGCGCCAAGGACCUGGCAGCCGAGCUGGUGCACUACGGCUUUGUCCACGAGGAUGACCGGACCAAGCUGGCCACUUUCCUGGAGACCACCUUCCACAAGUACCGUGGGGCCCAGCCCUGA